CAAAGACAAGAUUGGUACGCGUGUGUAGGUGUGGAGGGGCCUGUGAACUGUGAUAUUAUUGCAAGAUUUCUUGUGUGCUUAUUCAAGAAUUGACAAUUGACAUAACAGGAGAAGCAUCCCUUGUUUUUGAAGAUUCUUCACUUCUUAAGUCAUGCAUUAAGUCUUCUCCAACUAGGUUGACUCCAGAAUAAAUCAUCUAUUUCUGCAUCUUAUUAGUAGAACAUUCAGCUAGCUAGUUUAACAAUAUGAAUCCUGCUUCAAACCCAAAUCCUUAUGGGAAACCAAGUGGUUACCAAGCUCAGUGCUCCACCAAAGCUCCUACCUCUUGGUCCACCGGCCUCUUCGACUGUUUCUCAGAUGUUCCCAACUGUUGUCUAACAUGUUGGUGCCCCUGUAUUACUUUCGGACAAAUUGCAGAGAUCGUUGAUAUGGGAACAUCUACUUGCUUUACAAGUGGAGCUGUGUAUGCACUAGUACUCGCGAUUAUGACAGGGUGUGGAUGCUGUUAUUCAUGCUUUUAUCGUACUCAGAUGAGAGACCAGUACAUGUUGACAGAAAGCCCUUGUCCGGAUUUUUUAGUUCAUUGUUUUUGCGAGCCAUGUGCAUUGUGCCAAGAACACCGUGAGCUUCGUAUCCGUGGUUACGACAUGUCUCUUGGGUGGGAAGGAAACAUGGAGAAACAAAACCGCGGAAUGGAGGUGGCACCAGAAGUUGAAGAAGGAAUGAACAGAUGAGAAGUGCAUAAAAUUGUUUGUGAGUUUCUUAAAUGAUAAUAAACGAAACUUUUGUAUUCGAGUGGAGGUAUUAUAUCAGAGAUUCCAAAGUUAAGUCGUCACGCCAGAUCUUAUAUUAUUCAACAGUUCAUAUUUAUGCGAGAUCUUAUAUUAUUC